CGACGAGGAGAACGAGGACGGGGAGAAGGAGUAAGCAGGAGGAGGACGUGGCGAUCAGCCAUCCGUUGCCAGCUCUGCUACAGUGGAUUUUUUCGCUGGCUGUAGCCUUCCUGGGGCAGAGUUUUGCGUCUUGCUCGCUGCCACCCAGAUCUUGUCCGGAGCCAUGGCGAUGGUAUUCCCCGCGAACCAAGCUAUCGUCGUCGGCGGCGGCUUGGCAGGCGUGUCCGCAGCCAACACGGUUCUCGAGUGCGGGGGCAAGGUCGUUUUGGUAGACAAGUCCUCUUUUUGCGGCGGCAACUCGACAAAGGCGACCAGCGGCAUCAAUGGUGCGGAGACGAAGACGCAGAAGGCCAAGGGCAUCCAGGAUUCCCGCGAUCUCUUCACCAACGACACCUUGAAGGGUGGGGCCAAGCGUCCGGAGCUCGCUAAGAUCCUUUGCUGGAACAGUGGCGCAGACGUGGACUGGCUUGUCGACAAGUUCGACCUGGACCUGUCUCUUGUGGCGCGCCUCGGUGGCCACUCGGCGCCGCGCACUCACCGUGGCGCGGAGCGCUUCCCCGGCAUGACCAUUACCUACGCCCUGAUCCAGAUGCUUGAGAAGGUUGCAGAGAAGACGGACCGUGCCCGCAUCAUCACCAAAGCCUGCGCCCACAAGCUGCUGACCAACACGUCGGGGGGCAAGCUCUCCGUAGUGGGCCUGGUCUAUUCCAAGAACGGUGAGGAUUUCAAGGAGUUCGGCCCCGUGAUCUUGGCCAGCGGUGGCUUCGGCGCCGACUUCACCACGAACUCGCUGCUGGCGCAGUACCGCCCCGACCUGCUCCAUCUGCCUACCACCAACGGCGAGCACUGCACUGGCGACGGAAUCAAGAUGGGCGAGGCAAUCGGCGCGCGGACCAUCGACCUGGAGUGGGUCCAGGUGCACCCGACGGGGCUGGUGAAGCCAGACGACCCCGAUGCGAAGAUCAAGUUCCUGGCUGCAGAGGCCCUGCGCGGCGUGGGCGGGCUGGUGUUCGACGCCAACGGCAAGCGCUUCGCGAACGAGCUGGGCCGCCGGGACUACGUGACCGGCGAGAUGUGGAAGAACAAGCCGCCCUUCCGCCUCUGCCUGAACAAGGCGGCCUCCGACGAGAUCAGCUGGCACUGCAAGCAUUACACUGGCCGCGGCGUCAUGAAGUUCUACGAGAAUGGCGAGGCCCUCGCCAAGGACAUGGGGAUCCCGGUGUCUGUGCUCGAGGAGACCACUGAGCUGCACUACCAGGCGGCGAAAAAGACGGAGAAGGACCCGGAUGGCGGCUCCUGGCCUGCCUACCCGUCCGGCAAGUCUUGGGACGAGCCCAGCGGCAAGACGGGCUCCGGCAAGAAGUUCUACCACAACAUCAUCCCGGGCUCCGCCGUGAAGACCCAGCCGUUCUACGUCGCCAUCAUCACCCCCGUCAUCCACUACUGCAUGGGCGGCCUGGAGGUGGACGUCGACUCCGCGGUGCUGGACACGAAGAGCGGCAAGGCGAUCCCAGGCCUGUACGCCGCGGGCGAGGUGGCUGGCGGCAUCCAUGGCAACAACCGCCUGGGCGGGAACUCCCUGUUGGACUGCGUCGUCUUCGGCCGCGUCGCUGCCAAGGCCGCGUGCAAGUACACGUUCGGUGCGGACGGCAAGUACCAGCUGUGCCCCGUCCCGAAGCAGAUCAAGGAUCUCGCGUAGAGUGCUCGUGGCCGCGCGUGCCGCCCCAGUCAUUGCCUCCUCGUUCCCUGAUGUGUUC